AUGCCGAAAGACGUUAGGAACGGUGAUAUCUGUGCUGAAGCAACUUCAAAAUUAUCGAAAACGAGCAAAUAUCAGAUGGCUGUGCAACUUCAGAGUGCUGAACAAAGCCCGUUGGGGAAACUGAUGGAGCAGUAUAACCGAUUAACAUCCGAAGGGCGUUCGUGUGAAGAAAAAGUGAUUAAGAAAGAGCCAAAAACGGAGUACUCGUUAAACACUCCUCAACUGGUUGAAACAAUGCCUUAUACAGCAGCUACUGCAUACCCUUCUUAUGCUUGGGGAACCACUGCAGCAACUCCAUGGUGGCCAGAAGCUUCAACAACUUGGCCUCUAACAUAUUCAACCAAUGUUACAUCUGAUUCUCCCUAUGCGCCGUAUUUACCGGCCCAGUUUCAAGGACUUCUAUCUGCAACAGUUCCAACACCAGUUGUUGUAGCUGCUAAUAGUGCAUCAGCAGAUGCUAUUCUCCAGAAACCGUUAACAUCUUCCACGGCAAACCUACCGCAGAUUGGAGGCGGCAAAUUUCCAAAUGGUCGAUCCAACUGUGAAUGCCCUAACUGCCAAGAAGCUGAACGGAUAGGUGUUGCGAAUGUGGCGGCUAAGAAAAGAGGUAUACAUAAUUGUCAUGUGCCUGGAUGUGGAAAACUUUACAGCAAAAGUUCACAUUUAAAAGCCCAUUUACGAUGGCAUUCAGGAGAGCGGCCUUUUGUAAGUGUUUCUUUUUCUUUUUUUUUCUCACUUUUCUCUGUGAAAAAAAUUUUGUUCCGAAAAAGUUUUUUUCUUUUUUUUUUUUCUUCUUCUUUGUUAUUGUUUUCUAACAAAAAAAAAAAAAAAAAUACAGUCAAAUAUUUAUGAUG